AUGCUUGGUUUAUUUGAACGAGAACUGAGGUCAACUCUUCCUAGUGUUCAAUACCCUGGAAACACGGUACCCGUGAAACCCUUACCUGUUAUUGCAUACAUUCACGGCGGAGGAUAUCUCCGUGGAGGAGCUGACCUAUAUGACGGAUCCUUCCUCAUCGAACAAUUGAAUCAAGGAGUAAUACUGAUUGUCAUGCAAUACCGACUGGGCCUUUUCGGAUUUCUCGCCGGCGAUGAGGUGAAGAAAAUCGGUGCACUUAACGCUGGACUUCUCGACCAGGCCUUCGCAUUCCGUUGGGUAAGGGAGCACAUUUCCAAGUUUGGAGGUGACCCAGAACAAGUUACAAUCUGGGGGAAAUCUGCUGGUGCUGACUCUGUACUCCAGCAUGUCAUUGCGGAGGAUGGCGAAACCAAACCACAGUUGUUCCGAGCAGCGAUUGCUAGCUCACCUUUCUUACCUACCCAAUACAAGUAUAACGACAGGAACCCUAGAACAUUGUACAACCAAGUCGUAGAACAAACCAAUUGUGCCUUCUCCGCGGACAGUCUCGCAUGUCUGCGAAAAGCAGAUACACAAGCACUACAAGCUGCCAAUAUGAACGUUAGCAUGGCUGGCUUCUACGGAACAUACAUGUUUGUCCCCGUAGUAGAUGGGAAAUACGUUAGGCAACGUCCUACUGAAGCUUCGAAGCAAGGGAAAGUCAAUGGAAAAGGCUUGUACACUGUGGCCAAUGCCCACGAAGGGGAUAUAUAUGUGAACAAUGCAACUACACCGUUGAGUGCGGGCGAGUAUACGUCUCAGCUUUUCCCGACGCUUGGGUCAAAGGAGGCUGCGCAGGUUGAUCGUCUAUACAAAGAUCUGGGAAAUCCAUUGCAACAAGAAAACCUAAUCUAUGGAGAGACUAUAUUCAUCUGCCCUGCGUACUUCCUCUUGAACGCGUUCAAGAGUACAUCCUUCAAGGGCGAAUAG